AUGACUGCAGUAAAGGAAAUCAGAAAGAUCAUCAUCAUCGGUGGUGGCCCAGCAGGCAUACUUGCUGCGCUCCAGCUGAAAAAGGCCAAUGGAAUCACGCCGGUAGUCUACGAGAUCCGCCGCCAGCCAACAACACUCGGUGGAGCAAUUGGCAUUCCUUCCAACGGUCUACGACUACUCGAUCGCCUUGGACUGUACAAUGACGUUGCAGCUCGAGGUGCAUUGACGCCGAAGCUCGUCUUAUACGCUCUGAAAGGCUGCGUUAUGGGUGAGAUGGAUCUAUCAUCCUGGAGUGAGCAGCAAACCGGCUUCGGAUACUUGCGCGUCCAACGAACCGACUUAAUGGAUGUCCUGAUAGGCGCCGCCAAGCAAGCAGACAUCCAAAUACAUUACGGCAAAGCCGUGGAGAAAAUCGAAGACCAAGGCCACACCGUGACCGCGCGGUUCGUCGACGGGACGGCAGAUACGGCCGACUUUCUCCUCGGCUGCGAUGGGAUCCACUCCGCCGUGCGGAAACUCUACAUUGAUCCCGGCUCCGUGCCCGAGUACUCCGGCUUUGCAAACAUGUUCGCUCUCGUGCGACCAGACGAGGUGUGCCCCAGAGCCACGUCUAUCGAUACCAUGAGCGCGACGCUCACCUCUGACGGACUUUUCGUGAUUGCCCCCACGACACCAACCCGCUAUCUGCUCUACUGGUUUUUCUCCCGCGAGGUUGCUCUUCCGGCUUUUGGCAAUGUCCGUGACGGAUGGGAGGAGCGCGGAAAGGAAGCGGCAGACACAUUCAAGGCUACCCUUCUCGAUCUCUUGGGAAGUCAAAAGUCUGAUUGGAUGGGCAUGGUGCACGAGAUCAUCAACAACACGAACGCUGUCCAGUUUUAUCCGAUCUACAAGAUGCCGCGGGGAAGACCGUGGUCCAGGGGCCGUUGCAUGGUUCUCGGUGACGCUGCGCAUGCGAUGCCGCCCCACGCCAGCCAGGGUGUUUCCAUGGCUUUAGAAGACGUCUUCUUGUUCUCAAAGAUGUUGAAGAGUAACACUGAUAGCUUAGAAGACGCGAUGCAGGUGUAUGAGAAGAAGCGAAAGGUGAGGACGGAGGCGAUGCUGGACAAGGCGGAGUCGAAUGGAUCUUUGCGCAAGUCAACUGCACCUUGGCGUCUUCGAGCUAUGGAGUUGGCUAUCUCGGGGGGAUUGUGGGUCUCGAAGACCACAGGUAUCGACAAGAUGGGCUUCGGACAGAAGCCUCUAGCUUAUGAUGUCGAAGAGGAACAGUUUUGA